CUUUUACCGAGGAGUAGUCCGUGUCCGGUGUCAAUGACUGUAGAUUAUUUUCUAGCUUCAGAUGUCACACACCGCUGACAUCCGGCGCCUCGCAGUGCCCGGAAGAUGUUCCUGACGCCCUAAACCAAUUCUAGUAAACCCAUUUCGUGCUGUAUCAGAGGAUCUUCCGGGUUCCCCCUCCCAAUCCGUGCAAACUGCAAUCAGACAAGAAGAAAGCCUGCAUUGGUUUGCUUAAAGUUAUAGCUGUAAAUUGAGCUGCGUCCAGGCGAUUCUUAACUUGAGGAAGACCUGCAGGCUGGUGGUGGCGGUCGUGAUGUGGUGGUGGUGGUGGUGGUGAUGACAGAGGUGGCGGGCAGCGACGGUGGCUGGCGCAGAAUCCAGGAGUCGAACGACCUGCCCAAAGAUGGAUGGGAGCAGCGAAUAUCCUGAGGAGGCUCUCCUCCGCUUUUUACAGCCAGAUGAAAGCAUGAGGGACUUUCUGUUGCGUACUUUUGUGGAGCCCUUGGGGACGUCGGUGCCGUUCAUUGAUAGUGCAGCAAUACGGCCAGGGAAUGUUGUGGAAAUCUUUGGAGCCAGUGGGAGUGGCAAAACAGAGAUUCUCACGCAGGCAGUUGCAACGUGUAUACUUCCUUCAGAGGUAGACGGGGUGGGCUACGGUGGGGCGGGAGGAGCAGCCCUGUUCUUUGAUCUGGACGGCAGAUUUGACAUUCUGCGCUUGGUACGAAUUCUGGAGUCGAGGAUCAAUGAGGCUCAAGUUGCUCAGGGCGGAGGUGAUGCGGACGCCCUUUCUCAGGUCUUCACUGCCAGCCUGCGAAGGUUCCGCUUGCUGCACUGCCACAACAGCUUCCAUCUCCUUGCAGCGCUCAAGAUGUUACAACCGGAAAUUCGCCAGAUAGUCCAGAAUCAUGGCCCAGACAGUCUCCACCUUAUCUGUAUUGACAGCAUCGGUGCGUUCCAUUGGCUGGACAAGGGCCUGCAUCUUUGGGCAGGGCAUCGUGACGCGCUGACCCAGUCGGGGCUGUCAAAAGCGGUAGUCACGGAGCUGAAGCACAUCAUGAAGCGACACCGGCCCCUCAUGCUGGCGACGAAGUCUGCGAUAGGGGCCCCAAACCGGUGGCGGCCCUACGGGUCCGGUUCCACCACUGCAUCGGGACGCUCCCCUCAGGAGGGCGCGAGGGGCAGCCACGAGGACGAGGACCCGGAGCUGCCGCAGAAGGCGGUGCUGUACCACAAGGAGUACAUGCCGGCCGUAUGGCAGGACUUUGUGACGCACCGCCUGGUGCUCCAGGGCCCCGCUUCUCCAGACCCAGGAGGACCCCACCAGCAGGCCUUGCUGGGCCCCCCCGUGUUUUCCGCCCAGUGGGAGAAACCCCCCGGAUCCGAUAUCGCCAAGUUCGUCAUCCUGGACGUGAACCCACGCUCGCUUCGAGCGGCCUCGGAAGCAAGGCUGCCGGUGGCGACCACUUCCCCAACACUGGAACUCCAAUCUGCUGAUCAAGUCUCCUCUUGUUGA